AUGGAAGUGGAGUUGGACCGAUCUCAGCUGGAGGAGCGCUUCGAUGUGAUAGCUCUGGAGGUGCCGGCGCGCCGCACGGGCGAACUCCUCAAGAAGCUUGCUCGCGACUUGCUCAACAUGGCGCGGCGGAAGAAUGUGGAGCCCGUACCUGGAAAUGCUGCCGCCAAGCUGAUUCUGCUUGCCAGGACCAUUGCAGAUGUCUCUGAAGUGGCAGAGUCGGCAUGGCUGGAGUCAGAGAUCCGCGCGGGAACGGUGAAGGUCACCAGCUUCGGUGUUUGCCUGGGCUAUGAACACUUCACCGCGGAAGAGGUGCUCCGGAAGCUCCUUCCUGCGGGUAUGGAGAUCCCAUCCUCUUUCGAGCAGGCCGGCCACAUUGCCCACAUGAACCUGCGAGACUCGCAGCUGCCAUACAAGCACCUCAUCGGGCAGGUCAUCCUGGACAAGAACAAGUCUAUCAAGACCGUGGUCAACAAGACCGGCAAGAUAGAAACCGAUGCCUGGCAGGAGUUUCGGACGUUCCCCAUGGAGCACCUGGCAGGCGCGAAGUCCACGGUUGUGAGGCUCAAGGAGCACCAAUGCUUCUUCGAGUUCGAGUACCGGGACGUGUACUGGAACUCGCGACUGCAGGAGGAGCACGGGCGUCUCAUAGAGGCUUUGUUCAUGCAGCCAAAGAAUGCUGCCUCUGCAAAGCCUGUGCUGGCUGACUGUACAUGCGGAGUCGGCCCCUUCUCUUUGCCCAUCGCGAAACUCGUCAAUGGCGUCGUGAGCCAUGCAAACGACCUGAACCCUGCGUCUAUCCAUUGGCUUCGUAAGAGCGUGCAGCUCAACAAGAUGGAAGAACAUGUCCUCGAGAUCGCGCAGCUGCCACAUUUUAACGAGUCCUUUGAAGCACCCAGCAUGGGGUCCUUGCUCGUCAUCCACGAGCCAGGCGAUGCGAGGCAGUUCAUCCGCAACCUGUUCCAGCAGCGGCACCCUGUGACACAUGCAGUGUUCAACCUCCCAGCGGCCGGGGUUGAGCUGCUUGACUGCUUCCGCGGGCUGGAUUACACUGCGGCAGGGUUGCCAACACCAUUGGUCUGCUGCUACACUUUCAGCGAUGCUGCAGUCGACUCGUCUGGCAGUGACGGCUGCGUAGCCGACUUGCUUAUGCGGCUUGCUGCCGCUUUGGGCACAGCCAAGGAGUCGCUGCGGUGCGCCGACGUCGCGCUCAAGGGCCAAGUAUCGCUGCCAUCGCCGCAGAUUAACGAGAUGGUACAGCAAGCCCUUGGAGAGGCCUCUCAAGGCUGCACGCCGGUGGCCGUUCGCUUGGUGCGGAAUGUGGCGCCAACCCGGCACAUGUUCUGCGUGUGCUUCCGGGUGCCCUGCAAAACACCACCCGGCGGCGACGAGGGCGUGACGCCUGCACCACCCUCGGAGAAGCGGGCGAAGCUGAGUUCGUGA